CUGUCAUCAACGUUUUCCUUCCAGCUUGGUCUGUAACAAGAUAUGUGUACCUCCAAGAAUCUUUUGACUACCAUUUUUAGUAAUGAAAGUUUUCUAGAGAAAAGCCCAAAACUUCUGUACCCAUAAAGUUGAGAAGAAACAAAAACACCCAUUCAGGCUUUUAGUGCAUUCAAAAAAAAGUUCAGACUUUCAGAACUUUAGGGUGAAAAGAGAAGGAGUUUCCCCGUAAGUUACUGAAAGAAGAAACAACCCAAUACUUAGAAAUCGAAAGUGAGUGGAAAUCUGAAGCGAAAAGAUGGGUUCUUUGGAGAAAUUAUUCGAAGUUUCGAGGCUGUUUGAAGAAAAACAAGGUGUGCUUCUGGAAAGGGCGGACAAGGUAAUGGUUGAGUAUAAGGCAGCUGAGGACCAUUUCAAAAUGGUGGAGGAUCAUUGUCGUUUAUGUUACGCCGAACUGAAGUCAAAAGAGAAAGAUUUGAGGAGUAUUCAAAAAUCAGUGAAACAGAGUUAUGCAGAGCUUGAUUUGAAGAAAAGAUAUGUAGAGGAGGGGUUAAUGAGACUGGAUCAGAAAGAAAAGUAUCUGAAAGGGGUUUUGCGAAAAAUCGAAGAUGGGGAAAUGGAAUUUGGGCAUAUGAGGGUUGCUUUUGAUGAACUGAUGGGGGUUGUUGUAGGGAAAGAGAAGGAACUCGAAAAUCUGUUUGAAGCCCUUAAAAUUAUGCAGAACCUGGUGGUGAAAAGGAAGCUGGAGCUAGAUUCAAAAGAGAAAUUGUUCCUGCGCCAAGUGGAGAAAAGGGAAAAGGAGCUUGAUUCAAAAGAGAAGUUGAUCCAGAGUCAAGUGGAGGAAAAGGGGAAGGAGCUGGAUUUGAAAGAAAAAAUCCUGGAGAUAAGGGAAGCUGAAAUUCAUUUGAUGAUGGAGAGAAAGCGAAAUGAGAUUGAUGCAGAGGAGAACAGAUUGGCGAGAAGGUCAAAUGAGCUCGAUUCCAAAGAGAAAUAUUUGUUGGGAAGAGAAAAAGAAAUGGAGAAACAACUUGAGGAAAAGGUGGGUGUUUUGGAAAGCAACAAUCUGGAAGAUGCAGUGAGUCAAACUCACAGUGGAGAAGUGAUGAAACCCGGAAGAGAAGUUGCUUGUCUUUUGGACGAAGAGAUGAAAAUGGAAGAUAUUAGCAGCAAGCUUGCUAUAAUACAAGUAGAUGACCUUCGAAAAUCAGUUGCUAUAGUUGCUGAGAAGGGGAAAUUAGCUGGAAACAUCGGUGCCGGAGAGAUUUGGGCGUGUUUUAAAUCAUUCAAUACCACAGAUAGUCUGCCAAGAUCAUAUGCUAAAGUCAUUAAGGUCAUUGACAACGGUGGACAAGUUUGGGUUGAAGUUGAUUGGCUUGAACCUAGUCCUGUUCAAAGAGGUCAGGAGGAAUGGAUAGAGGCCGGAUUGCCGGUAACUUGUGGUAAGUUUGACCCUGGGAGAAGAAGUGUUAUAUCUCCCACUCUAUUUUCUCACCCAAUGCUGUGUGCUCGAUAUGAUCCUUGCAUCAUAAUUCCCGGUGAAGGCGAAACUUGGGUCUUCUACAAGAAUUGGGAUAUAGGUACAUGGAGUACUAAUCCUGGAUUGCAUAGACAUUGCGAAUAUGAGGUUGUCGAAAUUCUGCCAUAUUAUAAGGAUGCAUCUUCAUCUCCGGGCGUUAAAGUUGCUUACUUGGAGAAGAUCAGAGGCUCUUUGAAAUCAUUUAAGAGGAGAAGUGAGAGUUACAAUGACUCAUUGCUCAUAGACAUUGAGAACUUAUACAGCUUCUCACAUAAAGUGCCCUCCACCAAAAGGAUCUACAUUGAUGAAGAAGGUACACUUUGCUGCGAGUUUGACCUUGACCCGAAGUGCUUGCCUCUAGAGCUCCAAUGAAUAAUGCAACUGAAAGAUUCGUAGUUGAUUGUGGGAAAUGAACUUCUGGUAGAUCUUUCGAGUCUUAAUUAAUCUUUAGGCUUCUUAACUAUUUUUCUGGUAUUUAGUUUCUUUUCAGGCUGGUAAACCUAUGUAGUUUUUGUGCUUGUUCACUGGUCUUUGGUCUUGUUUUCUGCCCUUUUCGCUGAACUAAACUCUAUGUACCAAAUGAACAAUGAGUCAAUGACCAUGAAAAUGAAUUAACUCUCGUUGCUGC